ACGUCUGAUGAUCAUAUAUGUAUAAAGAUCGAGGCGUAUGCAACUAUGCAUGUUGCAACAUUUGGUAAGGUAGAGAAGAGAGAGAGAGAGAUGCCGGAGUACUGCGUGACCGGCGGGACGGGGUUCAUCGCGUCGCACCUCAUCCGCGCGCUGCUCGCCGCCGGCCACACCGUCCGCGCCACCGUCAGAGACCCAGAGGAUGAAGCCAAGGUGGGGUUCCUGUGGGAGCUGGAGGGCGCCAGCGAGCGGCUGCAGCUGCUCCGGGCCGACCUGAUGGUGGAGGGGAGCUUCGACGACGCCGUCCGCGGCGUCGACGGCGUCUUCCACGCGGCGUCCCCCGUCGUCGUUGUCGGCAGCGGCGGCGGCGGCGGCGGCAAGGCGGCGCCGCCGAGCAAGCAGGACGACGAGGAGGAGGUCCGGCAGCGGCUGGUGGAGCCGAUCGUCCGCGGCGCGGCGAACGUGCUGCGGUCGUGCGCCCGCGCGCGGCCCCGGCGCGUGGUGUUCACCUCCUCCUGCUCCUGCGUCCGCUACUGCGGCGGCGCGGCGACGGCGCUGAACGAGUCGCACUGGAGCGACGCCGCCUACUGCGCGGCGCACGGCCUCUGGUACGCCUACGCCAAGACGGUGGCGGAGCGGGAGGCGUGGCGCCUCGCCAAGGAGCGCGGCCUCGACAUGGUCGUCGUCAACCCGUCCUUCGUGGUCGGCCCCGUCCUCGGCCCGGCGGCGACCAGCACGGCGCUGGUGGUGCUCGCCCUGCUCCGGGGGGACCUCCCCAGGUACCCCAACACCACGGUGGGGUUCGUGCACGUCGACGACGCCGUGCUGGCCCACGUGCUGGCCAUGGAGGACCCCAGGGCGUCGGGCCGGCUCAUCUGCUCGUGCCACGUCGCGCACUGGUCGGAGAUCGUGGAGGCGCUGCGGGAGAGGCACCCGCAGUACAGGCUGCCGGCGGAGUGCAGCGGCCACAAGGGGGACGACAGGGCGCACAGGAUGGACACCACCAAGAUCAGGGCCCUCGGCUUCCCGCCAUUCCUCUCCCUGCAGCAGAUGUUCGACGACUGCAUCAAGAGCUUCCAGGACAAGGGCCUCCUCCCCCUCCCUCUCCCUCCUGCAAAUUAACUAAGCUGCAGCCUACUGAUUAGCUAUGCUACUAAUGCUUGAUUAAUUAAAUGAAGUGACUAAACAUUAAUUACUAGCAUGCUAUAAUGUUAUAAUCAGUUCGUGUGUGUUGUCUAUCAUUCACAUAACCUGGCUGCUCGCUUGAAAAAUUGUUAGCAACAUCGUUUUGCCUACAGCAGAUUAUGAUCUGUAGCUUAGCUGCUUGUUAACCACUAAUAAUACGGAGCAAUUUAUCGGUAAAAAUAUCUACUCCCUUCG